AGCCCUCCCCUUUAAAAUCGACGCACCGCCCUUUAAUUACGCUGCAUGUAGCACUUCAACAGGCUGGCUGGCAGCCGCUAUAUGGUUUGUGGUUAUGUUUAGGUCUGGCCGUGGUGUUGACAAUACCACACUCCGAAUGCGAUGGGAAUGCUGAAGGAAUGGCUUUAAAACGAAUUGUUCUCACGUUACUGGCCCUGUCUGGGUUAGCCAUCGGUGAUGCCCUGCGGUGUAACUGCACCAACUGUGUGAAGUCUGGUUAUGAGUGUGAGACUGACGGGGCGUGCAUGGCCUCCACCUCCUUCAUCCAGGGGCAUGAGCAGCAUGUAAGGAUCUGUAUCGCCAGAGACAGCCUUGUGCCCCCUGGCCAACCUUUCUACUGUCUCAGUGCUGAGGGACUGCUCAACACACACUGCUGCUACACUGACUACUGCAACCGCGUCGACCUCAAGGUUCCCUCGCUCCCGGUGAAACCAGGGGAGCUGGGCUGGGUGGGCUCUGGAGGCCCCUGGGGGCCGGUGGAGCUGGUGGCUGUGAUCGCAGGGCCGGUCUUCCUGCUGUGCAUGCUGCUGCUGGUGGGGUUAUUCCUCUUCCAGCAUCACCAGAGGACCUACAGCCACAGACAGCGGCUGGAGGUGGAGGACCCCUCCUGUGAACACCUCUACCUAGCCAAGGACAAGACCCUGCAGGAUCUCAUCUACGACAUGUCCACCUCCGGGUCUGGUUCUGGCCUGCCCCUGUUCGUGCAGCGUACGGUGGCCAGAACCAUCGUUCUGCAGGACAUCAUAGGGAAGGGCCGCUUCGGGGAGGUGUGGCGGGGGAAGUGGCGCGGGGGAGACGUGGCGGUGAAGAUCUUCUCGUCCAGAGAGGAGCGCUCGUGGUUCAGAGAGGCUGAGAUCUACCAGACCAUCAUGCUGCGACACGAGAACAUCCUGGGAUUCAUCGCCGCCGACAAUAAAGAUAACGGCACAUGGACGCAGUUGUGGCUGGUCUCAGACUACCACGAGUACGGUUCUCUGUUUGACUACCUGAACUACUAUUCUGUGACUAUAGAGGGCAUGAUCAAACUGGCCCUGUCUGCCGCCAGCGGCCUGGCUCACCUGCAUAUGGAGAUCCUGGGCACGCAGGUCUUCCAACUCAGUGUUUCCUCCCCUCUAGGUAAGCCUGGCAUCGCCCACCGGGAUCUGAAGUCUAAGAACAUUUUGGUGAAGAAGAAUGGCAUGUGUGCCAUCGCUGACCUGGGGUUGGCGGUACGCCAUGAGUCCAUCACUGAUACUAUAGACAUCGCCCCUAACCAGCGUGUUGGCACCAAGAGGUAUAUGGCUCCAGAGGUCCUGGAAGAGACCAUCAACAUGAAACACUUUGACUCGUUUAAGUGUGCUGAUAUCUACGCCCUGGGGCUGGUGUACUGGGAGAUAGCGCGCCGCUGCAACACUGGAAGUAUCCACGAGGAAUACCAGCUGCCCUACUUUGACCUGGUGCCCUCUGACCCCUCCAUAGAUGAGAUGAGGAAGGUGGUGUGUGACCAGAGGCUGAGGCCUAACGUGCCCAACUGGUGGCAGAGCUACGAGUCUCUGCGUGUGAUGGGUAAGAUCAUGAGGGAGUGCUGGUACUCUAACGGAGCGGCCCGCCUCACCGCUCUACGCAUCAAGAAGACCCUCUCUCAGCUCAGUGUCGAGGAGGACAUCAAGAUGUAGGAGAAGAGUGGGACGGACGGACGGCAGAGCCAUGUAGCUCGCUGGAGACGCACAACGAUAGGCAUAGGCUGUAUAUCAAAUGGCGCCCUAUUCCCUAUCUAGUGCACUACUUUUUGACCCGGGGUCAUGGAAAAUAACACGGAAAGGACAGACUAAAUCCUGCCAGUUUUAAAGCCACUCUCCCAAGUUGUGACAAGGCCUACCUCACCUUAUUAGCCAAAACUACUGAGAAUCUCCCCUCUGCCCCUCUCUUCUUUCUCCCUUCUUCACUAUGGCUUUCCUCACCUGGUUAUCCCAACCUCCUCUCCUUCACCCACUCUUAUGGGCCACCACACUACAACACUACCAUUAUUAUCCCCACCAACCUCCCUGUUCUGUUUUACUUUGUGCUCCGAGGCAGUAAUUAUUACUAUUGUACAGUGACAGGAAUUUCGUUUGUAAUAUUUUGUACAUCUUUUAAUUUCUUUUUGCCAAAAGACUAGCUACGUCCUGAAAACUCAUAUUCAUAAUGUGGUUUCAUGUCCACAUUUUUAAGUUAAAAGAAUAGUUAUGAGUUUGUUUUCAUGGCAACAUGUUGUUGCUUUUGGGAGAUUGUGGGAGAGUAGCAGACGACUCGCUUGUCGUCACCCGACCACCUGUACAGGAURAAAUCAACCAUAUUAGGCAGAAAAGUCACAAUAUACACUGAACAAAAAUAUAAACGCAACAUGUAAAGUGUUGGUCCCAUAUUUCAUGGGCUGAAAUAAAAGAUCCCAGAAAUGUUCCUUAUGCACAAAAAGAUUGUUUUUCUUAAAUGUUGUGCACUAAUUUGUCUACGUCCCUGUUAGUGAGCAUUUCUCCUUUACCAAGAUAAUCCAUCCACAUGACAGGUGUGGCAUAUCAAGAAGCUGA